AUGUAACAGCAGAGUCAAACGUUAAAUCAGUUCUGCUUAGACACACAAGAGAGGAAUGGAAAAAUCAGAGACAAUCCCGUAUUCCACUUACGUUGUACCUGCCCUACUCUUGCUUGGAUGGCUUGCAGGGUGUGUAUUAAUGGUUUGGUUUGUCUUCUCUUAAAAGAGGGAAAGAAGCCUUUGCAAAAGAACUUCGGGAAUUGGAGGAAGAAAUGCCUAUUUCUUGUUUAAAUAUACUGUGCAAACUAUUGUAUGUUACAAUGAAGACAUGACAUAUACUCUCUGUCUGCAAAGUGCUUAAUGCAGAACUAAUAACCAAGCAAUUUUGUAGCCUUUAAGAAACUUUUGUAUUAAAACUGAAUUGGAUGUUUA